AUUACGCCUGGCAGCAAAGCGGCUCAGUCCCAGAUGAACCAGGGGGACAUGGUGGUAGCCAUUGAUGGUGCCAACACAGACGGCAUGACCCACCUAGAAGCCCAGAAUAAGAUCAAAUCCGCGAGCUACAACCUGUCUCUCACUCUCCAAAAAUCAAAGCGCCCGGUUCCAAUUCCAGCCACCAGCCCAAGAAUUGACUCUCCUAUGCCUGUGAUCCCUCAUCAAAAGGUCAUAGCCAACACUAGUGCCAACACGGAGUACGUGGAGCGCUUCAAUCCCAACGUCCUGAAGGAUUCUGCUCUGUCUACGCACAAACCCAUUGAAGUGAAAGGGCCCGGUGGCAAGGCCACUAUCAUUCACGCUCAGUAUAACACCCCAAUCAGCAUGUAUUCUCAAGAUGCUAUCAUGGAUGCCAUUGCAGGCCAGGCCCAGGCCCAGGGCGGUGAACUUGCUGGUGAAUCUCCAUUGGCUAGCCUCCCAGUUAAAGAUCCUCAUGUAGACAGUGCGUCUCCAGUAUAUCAGGCUGUACUUAAAACUCAGCACAAAUCUGAAGACGAGCUUGAUGAUUGGAGUCGCCGUUCUUCCCAACUCCAGUCCAGGUCCUUCCGAAUCCUGGCUCAGAUGACAGGAACCGAGUACAUGCAAGAUCCAGACGAAGACGCCCUGAGGAGAUCAAGUGGCAAGAAAAAUGUUGCUGAAACAUCUGAAAACAGCCCUGCAGAUGUUGCUCAUGAUGCUCAGUAUGUGACGUCAGGUGUUUGGCAUCACCCUCAGUCCCACCACACAGAGGCCAACACUGACAAAGUUAAAGCAGUGGCCUCCAAGAGUUCCGUGAGAUUUGGAACGGGUGCGGGUCAGAGGGAAGCCAGCUACGGCAGUACUGGCCAGAACAUCCCUCUCGCUUCGUCCAGUCACCAAAGCCCCAGACGGAAUCCUUCCACUUCCAUCACCCACCAGGCUAAGAGGAGAGGUCCAGGCCAGUCUUACACCUCCGCGCCAGCUUCCCACGGCCCAGCUCCCUACCCAGGCCACAGCGACGCUCCAGCUCCCGCUCCGAAACCCAGGAUGGUCACCACCGCCAGCAUAAGGCCUUCUGUCUAUCAGCCAGCUCCGGCUCCUGCACUGGCUCCAGCGCCAGCCCCGGCCCCAGCUCAUUCAUACCCUCCCAGCGAUACUGAGCCUUCAAGCCGUCCUCCCUGGAUAACCGACGAUUCGUUCUCCCAGAAGUUCGCUCCCGGGAAAUCGACAACCACGGUCACGAAGCAUAUCCUGCCCCGAGGUGCUCCGGUGCCACCAGCCCCUGCCUCCGCCCCCUCUUACCCUCCUCCUUCGAUUCCGGCCUCCUCCCAGGCCCCUGCCGUAGCCCGGGGAACCAUCCAGAGGGCCGAACGCUUCCCGGCAAGCAGCCGAACUCCGCUCUGUGGACACUGCAACAGCGUGAUCAGGGGUCCUUUCCUGGUAGCCAUGGGGCGUUCCUGGCACCCGGAGGAAUUCAACUGUGCCUACUGCAAAGCAUCUCUGGCUGAUGUUGGCUUUGUCGAGGAGCAGAACAGUGUUUACUGCGAGCGUUGCUACGAACAGUUCUUCGCCCCGACCUGUGCUAGAUGCCAUACGAAGAUCAUGGGAGAAGUGAUGCAUGCCCUCAGGCAGACCUGGCACACCACUUGCUUUGUCUGUGCCGCCUGCAGGAAGCCCUUUGGGAACAGCCUCUUCCACAUGGAGGAUGGAGAGCCCUACUGCGAGAAAGAUUAUGUUGCCUUGUUCAGCACCAAAUGUCAUGGAUGUGACUUCCCCGUUGAAGCAGGAGAUAAGUUCAUCGAGGCCCUUGGACACACUUGGCACGACACCUGCUUCAUUUGUGCUGUGUGCCACGUGAAUUUGGAAGGCCAGCCCUUUUAUUCAAAGAAGGAUAAGCCACUGUGCAAGAAGCAUGCACACGCCAUCAAUGUCUAAAAGAAGAGCCAGCCGGAAGCGAGAGCAAAAGUGAACGGAUUAGGGGUUGAUGAAAUAGAGAUAACUGUGGAUUUUUGAUUGUGGGGAAGAGGGCAGGGGAGACUCUGAAUAAUGAACAGCUCUGAAACUGAACCCAAUGGCUUUUAUAUUUGCAGAUCUUUGUUCUUGCAUAGUUUAUA